GUGAUGCAGAAUCACAUGAUGCAAAUGUUGUGUCUGGUAGCCAUGGAAAAACCAGCCUCCACCAACUCAGAUGAUGUGCGGGAUGAGAAGGUGAAGGUGCUGAAGUGUGUUCCGGAGGUCCAGGUGGAGGAUGUGGUCCUCGGACAGUACGUGGGGGAUCCAAAGGGUCAAGGCGAGGCCAAGAAGGGUUACCUGGAUGACCAGACUGUUCCCAAGGGCUCAGUCACUCCCACGUAUGCUGCAGCUGUGCUUUAUGUUCAAAAUGAGCGGUGGGACGGGGUCCCUUUCGUGAUGCGCUGCGGGAAGGCUUUGAACGAGCGCAAGGCCGAGGUGAGGCUGCAGUUCCGGGACGUUCCGGGUGAUAUCUUUCAGAGCCAGUGCAAACGCAACGAGCUGGUGAUUCGGGUCCAACCCAACGAAGCCAUCUACACCAAAAUGAUGACCAAGAAGCCUGGCAUGUUCUUCAAUCCCGAGGAGUCGGAGCUCGACCUGACCUAUGGCAGCCGAUACAAGGAUGUCAAGUUACCCGAUGCCUAUGAGCGUCUGAUUCUGGAUGUUUUCUGCGGGAGUCAGAUGCACUUUGUCCGAAGUGAUGAACUCCGGGAAGCUUGGAGGAUUUUUACUCCCCUCCUGCACAGACUGGAAUGUUCGAUGGUUCGGCCAGUACCCUAUGUAUAUGGGAGCCGCGGACCCCCCGAGGCGGACGACUUGCUGAAGAAGGUGGGCUUCCGCUACGAGGGGACCUACAAGUGGGUGAACCCCCACAAGCUGUGAGCUGGGCUCAGGACGGGUCCGGCGCCGGCAAUGGGGGGGCGGGUGGGGGGUGGGGUGGACAGCACUCCACUCCAAACACCCCCCAUAAACCCCCCCACCCCCCCCACCUCGCAGCCCACCACCCGCCGGAACUCUGGGAUCAAAGAGGGACCACGUCUGAGACUGACUCCCAGUGGACCACAACUGCUCGGACAUACUUCCUGCCUGCCCUGACCUGUCCUGUCCUGUCCUGUGUCGCUUGCUCAACUUUCUGACUGGAAAUAAGGGGCGGAGGGGGUGCUGCUCGUUUCGGACCCACCCACCCCCCCAACUCGCUGCUUUUAUAAUGUGGACCAUCGCCAAGUUCUCACCAGGAGAUCUUUCCUCUUAGCGACUAGCCGAGGGUUGGGGGAAAACCCUUCAAACGAUUUGUGACUCUCUGUCUUGUUGUCCCUGUGCCUCAGCGAUUCCCUGAGGGCAGAUCGUCAGUGCAAGAGGUCAAACGUUGCCGUUUCACCUCUGGCCUAUCCCAAAACACUGCGUGCAUGAGCGCACAGCACUGACCCUAACCCCCACGCUGUACCUGUCCUGGGAGUGUUUGAUGGGGACAGUGUAGAGAGAGCUUUACUCUGUAUCUAACCCCGUGCUGUACCUGCCCUGGGAGUGUUUGAUGGGGACGGUGUGGAGGGUGUUUGAUGGGGAGGGUGUGGAGGGUGUUUGAUGGGGAGGGUGUGGAGGGUGCCUGAAUUGGGAAGUGUUCUCCUCUGCUGCACUGACGAGUAUCUGUUUGUGUUUAAAGGGCUGUGUUGCUGUGUGUGUGCGGGUGCCUGUGUUCUGGUUAAAGGACCUCCUCCUGGGCUGGUGUAAAGUCAGUACUUCCCCUAUCAUUCCCCACAGUUGGGGAAGCUGAUAGCCCCCCAUUCUCCCCCCAGCUCCUCGACCCGCAGCCUGUGCUGGAUUGUGACAGUCCGAGACCCCCCCCCUCCUCUCCGUUCUCACGUGCCGGCUUCACCUGACGCAGCUCCCUUCCCCCGAACCCACCCACCCAAUGGUGCUGUCGACUGUCUGUCAGAUGAUGAGACGGUGGGAUUAAGGGAGGUGGUCUCACCUUCCCAAAUUUGGCACUCCAAACCCCCUCCUCCCCUGCUCUGCCUCCAUCCCCAUUACAGAGGGGUCCCACUGAGCACGGUUUUGGGGACGGCGGGGGGGGGUGGUGUGGGGGUGUGCUGUGGGUCAUAACGCAGCAGCAAGAUGUCCUACCCACCCAGGAGGGGUCAGCUCCCCUCCCAACGCCUUCGCCGCUGCAAAAUCGGGGAUCUUCUCUCUUCCCCCACCCACCCAGUCUCCCUUGCUCCAUAACAAGGCACUCCUGCGGUAAGGCUCCUGCGUAAACCUGGACACUCCUCACAUGACCUCUCCCUCUGUCCCCCUUCCACUCUCAGAUGAACAAGGGGGUGCCCUGGAGGGGUCUGCACAUAUCGGGGAAGGGGAGAGCCAGGAUUUGUCUGUAUGCUGAGACUAAUCUCUUUUUUUUUUUACCUGUACUAGUUCCGUGAGGAUUAGUUGCAAUAAAAUUGUCAAAAUCCA